AUGGCAAACAGCAAAAGAGUAACCAUCAACCCAACUGUCGAGGUUCACCACGUCUUGAGCAUUCACGACUAUACCGCCAGCGAAAUCAGUGCAGCUUGGUACAAUGAACAUGAAAUGGACAAAAUUGCCCAACGAUGUUUCAAGAUUCUAAGCAAGGUCCAGAGUGUCAAAUCCAACAGCGGCCAAAAGUACAACAUCCGAGGCUUGGAAAGUCACACAACUUUGGGAUCUAUCAGUAAACAAAACAACAGAUCAGCGGCAUACGAAGUAGUAUUCGACGAGCAACAAAGACAAUACGAGAACGAAGAAAGUGACGUUCAAGCCAUCUCCGAUGCCUAUCAACGCACAACUUCGAGUUCUCAAAUAUGGGCUCAAGUUGUCGGCCGCCGUGAUGAAAAGGCGGUCGAAGCAUACCUAUACGAAGAGGAAGAGGAGGAAACCACUGUGUUUCUAGCCACACCGGCUGAACUCAAAGUCACUGAUUCCAAAAUUCUGAGCCCUGUCAGAAUACGGAGAAGACUUUCUGGCAACACAGAUGCACUUUCACCAAUGCCGCGAGCAGCCUGA